ACAGUGCUCAGGUUCCCAAAUGAGAACGGGGGCAUGUCGACGAUUGCGCAGGUCUGCCACAAGCGAGCAAAGCGUUCACACCAAGACUUGCCUCUGCGCUUCGCUGCCUCUCCCUCGCAUUUUACCGAGGAGGGUAUGAAUCUCUGUGUGAUGCCUCACUGAUUAUCUGCUGUGCCGCGCUUUGUUGCGAAUUCCCAGCAUGGUGCAGGGCAAGCUCUGAACUGAACACCAUGGGGAAUUUCUUUAAGGCAGACAUCGCGUCAUUGUGUUCGGGGUUCUAGUUGCAGGGCAGUUGCGAACGAGAGAUGUUGUUGGUUGUAUAUGCGUGUGAAGUUGGAGCGGCCGGAAAUGCUUGAGAAUUGGAAGCGGAAAGUUAAAUAUAGGAGGAUGAUGGAUGGGGGCAGGGGAGCGGGAGACGAAGAUGGUGGUGGAGGAGGAGGUGGAGCAGGAGUCGCGUUGGCGACAGAUUUGAGCAUGUGUUUCCAGUGCGGGAAUCUUAUUGAGAAUACUGUGACCUAUUGUCAUACUUGCUACGACUUGCGAUCGGAGAGCGACUUCCGAAAUGAGCAGCGGUGGCGGAAUCUCGAGAGUAAUUUGUUGGCAGUGGAGGCCGAUCUGCAGAAGGAGAGAGCAGCCACGAAGCGUUUGGAAGGGACGUUACAGUCUUUUAGGCAUAUGUUGUUGCAAGGUAUUCAUGCCGACGUCACGAUCGAGACGGGAGAAUUUGACAAGACACCUGCACAUCGCGCUGUGCUUGCUAGUAGAUCGCCGGUCUUUAGAGCAAUGUUUGAACAUGAACUGAAGGAGAAGACCUGUGCCUGCAUACACGUCGCUGACGUGCCCACUCCGGCCAUGCGCGCUUUGCUGCUCUACCUCUAUACGGGAGAUCAUGACGCAAAAGUCAUGAAGGAGCACGGCAUGGCUCUGUUAACUGCUGCACACAAGUACGACAUUCCUGACCUCAAGAGGGUCUGUGAAACGGCAGUUGCGAAUGCAGUUCAACCUUCCAAUGUGCUAGAGAUUUUACAUCAAGCACGAUUAUAUGAUGCGACUUGGGUAAAAAAAGCUUGCAUUGAAUGCAUUGCUCAAAAUUUGAAGCAGGUAGCGUUCACCAAGGAAUUUCGUAAUCUCGUAUACAGAAAUGAUGACCCAGAAGCUAUCCUAGACAUAAUACAAAGUAUUGCCGCUCUUCAAUAAUCGUUUUCUUUCGCUUCUCUUUCCUUCGUGUUUUCGUCUCUUUCGAUCUUAUUAACGGGGAGGUGCUCUGUCGGAGCUUCGUAAUGCACUCUGUGGAGAACAAGAACCUUGGCGAGGAGAAAGCUUCUUUUGAAGCAGAUUGCAUAUACUCAAAGUUAAUGUGCAGUACAGUGUAAAAUGUCUGGAAAUAGGAAAGUUGUCUAUAAUUGUCAAUCCAGAGAAAUAGGUUAUUGGUCUUAAACAUAGCACUUCUGCUGCCUGCGAUGGACCAUCAAGAGUUAGUUUGUGUCGUGUGGGAUUGCUCAGGUACCAAUCCGCACAGAUUCUCAUUAAUUCUCUGUACUAUUAAGCAUCUUGCUAAAACAUAUAUUAUCUUUCGUAAGGAUUUAGGCAGAUUCUGCAUGUCAAUCAUGCCAUAAUGUUAGCCCUUUGUUGGUUCUUUGAAUAUAACUCCAAACGUGUAACAAACGUCACCUACA